CGCCAAGUUAGCUUUAACGAAACAGUCGCUUAGAGCACGUCGCUGAAAUUAAAAUGCUCCGCUUUAUAUUGUUCCUGUUACUAAAUUAUUUAUUGUGGAUUUCCAUUAAAAACGUUUGCGGUGAAGAUCUAGAUUCAAACACGGUUUAUGACUAUAAUUGUGAUGUGCAAAUAGAUGUCGUUAAAACCUUUAUUAAAGAAUUGCAAGCUGUGCGAAAGCGGGAAGAUGAUAUUUUGGCAAAAAUAACUCUCAUUGAAACCAAACAGGAGAGCUUUCGAAAGUCGGUGCCUUCAAGUUGCUUGGAGGCAGCAGCUGAGAGCUUCAAAAGUGGUGUUUACAAUAUAACAUUGGAAAAGUUUAGUGGCACACCGUUUGCCGUAUACUGUAACGAAGAGGUGGACUAUGGUGGUUGGUUGGUUAUACAACGACGUGUCAGUGAUGCCGUGGACUUUGAUAGAGAUUGGCUGGAUUAUAAGAAUGGUUUCGGGGUGCUGGAUGAAAAUUAUUGGAUUGGUUUGGAAAAACUACAUGCGUUCACCAGUAGUUGUCAGCAUGAGCUCUAUAUAGAAAUGCAGACAUAUCGUGGUAAAAGUUAUUAUGCGCGCUACUCAGAAUUUGUAGUCGGCAGCGAAUCGGAGGACUAUCAUCUUAAAAUAUUGGGUACUUAUGAAGGUAAUGCUGGCGAUAGUUUGAAAGGCCAUGUGGGUAUGAAGUUCACCACUCAUGAUCAGGAUAAUGACAUCUCUUCCAUUAAAAAUUGCGCUGUUUUUUACAAAGGCGCCUGGUGGUUUAACGACUGUUACUAUAGUCAUCUUAAUGGACCAUAUAGACAAGAGGACAAUGGAGUCGAUUGGAAUAGUUUAGGUGUGAUGGAAUCUUUGAAAUCAGCGCAAAUGAUGAUACGCCCCACAGAGAAAUGCCUAAGGCGCAUGUCACUGAAGGCCAAAUGAUUUUAUAUAUUUUGUGAAAAGGAUUAAAUUUUUAUUAAUUAAACGGAUUAUUAAUGUUUCAUUCAAUUUUUCGUUUUGAUACAGAUAUUAUGCUAUUUUUGAGAACUAAAUAAUGUUUUCAAUUUAAUAAAAAAAGGUGAAAUUUCAAAGCGAUAAAAA